UCACUCACAGAACAUCGAGACCGAGUCACGGCACAAGCUCAACGAUGCCACAUGCAAAGCAUGUGUACAGUAUGGACUGAACACGGAUGUAAGGCCGUAUACCAUGGUGCUGGCUGCGUUUCUGAUCGUUCUGCACAAGUACACACUUGAGGAGGAGGUUCUGAUUGGCACAUCAACCGAGAACUUCAAUCCCUUAGUACUGCGGUUACCGGUACAAGACGACCAGACCAUUACCUCGGUCAUUGCGGCUGUGGUGGCGGCCGAAGAGUUGUCUGUGGCAAAAGACGUGCCAUUCGAUGCACUCAAUGCGGAAUUGGCCAAAGAACACGACGCCAACGCCCCCAGAGCACCAUUGCUGACAGUUCGAUGUUUUAACGCAGUCGAUGUGGACGCCAGCACACUCGAUGCCACAGCCAUGUGCGAGUGGACUUUGCUGGUGGAGCAAGACCGUGACUCCAAACGACUACUACCCCUCAGUCUAAGACUGAUAUACAACUCAGUGCUCUUCAGGAGUGAACGCAUGAGCGAGGUGUUGCACCACAUCGAAAUCAUUCUCAGCCAGAUUGCUAAGGCGGACGACACCCUGACCGUCCGUGACUGUGAGAUUGCAGCCUCUCACACUCCGGGUGCACGCGUAAUCCCCGAUCCCUUAGAGGAACUGGACAGCACGUGGGUGGGUGCGGCCUUCGACCACUUCUCAGAUUGGGCCAAAAAAGACCCAGAAAGACCCGCAGUGGUGCAUGGAGAGAAGACCUUCAGCUACAAAUACCUCGAUGACUUCAGCAACCGCGUGGCCCACUAUCUGAUUAAGCAAGGGGUUGUCCCGGGUGAUGUGGUGACCAUGUACGCCCACCGCAGCACAGCCAUUGUCAUAGGUAUCAUGGGAAUACUCAAGGCUGGCGCAACCUUCUCGGUUAUUGAUCCGGCGUAUCCGGUGGAGAGGCAGCAGGUGUACCUGUUUGUGGCCCAGCCAAAGGCCAUCCUGAGUCUCAAGUUGGCGGGGGUCAUGAACCCUGAGGUGCAGAAGUACAUUGACACGGAGUUGAACAUAUGCUGCCAGCUCAACGGUUUGCAUGAAGACGAGCCUGAACUCUUAGCCGAAUACGAAUCCACGUCAUGUGGUGUGGUGGUACAGCCCUAUGAUGUAGCCACCCUGUCCUUCACCUCAGGUUCAACGGGUAUUCCUAAAGGUGUGCGAGGGCAGCACAUCUCUCUGACCCACUUCUUCCCAUGGAUGAUGACCAAAUUUGGACUAGGAGAAAAAGACCGUUUCACAAUGCUGUCUGGAAUUGCGCACGACCCGAUUCAGAGAGAUGUGUUCACACCGCUGUUCAUGGGAGCUACCAUCUACAUUCCCGAUCAAGAAGACAUCGUGUCACCAGGUCAACUGGCCCAAUGGAUGGCCACCAACCAGGUCACCGUUGCACACCUCACACCCGCUAUGAACCAGCUGGUUACAGCCAAUGCCGAGGCACCCAUGCCCCACCUCAGGCGAGUGUUCUUGGUCGGCGAUAUCCUCACCAAACGCGAUGUCAUGCGAUUGCAGGCACUCGCAGACAAUGUGGAGGUCAUCAACAUGUACGGUACCACCGAGACACAACGCGCGGUGUCGUAUUUCCACAUCAAGAACGACGGGUCUAUUGGCGAUCUCAAAGAAAUCCUCCCAGCCGGAUGGGGCAUGAAAGACGUACAGCUGCUCAUCCUCACGGACUCAGGAAAGGUGGCCGGGAUUGGUGAGCUGGGUGAAAUCUACGUACGCUCACCCUGUAUGUCGCGGGGCUACCUAGGACUGGAUAAGGUGACGGCUGAGAAGUUUGUCAACAAUCCCUUCCGACCAGACGAUUCCAAGGACAAGAUGUACCGCACAGGCGAUCUGGGCAGAUACAUGCCAGAUGGAGUUGUGGAGUGUGUGGGAAGGGCCGAUGACCAAGUCAAGAUCAGAGGUUUCCGCAUUGAGUUGGGUGAGAUCGACACACACCUGGGCCAACAUCCAGACGUGCGGGAGAACAUCACACUCGUCAAACGAGACGCCAAUGAGGAGAAGACCAUCAUCUCGUACUUUGUGCCCAAGAUAGCCAACCAGUUCGACAUCAACUCCAUGCGGGAUGCUCUAAAGGCAAAGCUGCCCGUGUACUCUAUUCCGAGUGUGUUUGUGCCUCUGGUGCGCAUGCCACUCACACCCAACGCAAAGAUCGACAGAGCCAAACUGCCCUAUCCCGAUGCGGCAGUGAUUGCUCUGCAAAACGCCAGCCGAAAGCAGUCCAGCAGCGGAGUGACGCACGAGACCAACAUGCACGUGGAAAUCAAGGACAUCUGGCGUAAUGUGCUGGGCAGAGCCGUGGGUGUGCACGACAACUUCUUCGACGUUGGCGGCCACUCCAUCUUCGCCACGCGAGUUACCUUCGAGAUGCGCAAACGUCUGAAGCUAGAGCUACCUUUGGACCUGCUGUACCGAUGUGGUACCAUUGAUCAGGUUGUGAAGCAGAUAUCCAAGGAUGAACUUACAGACGCCCUUGGUUUUGAAGAAGCGGACGGCACUUCAGAUAUUGCCCAGUUGGAUGUUGAAGGCCAGGUGGUCCUAGACGCCUCUAUCACUUGCAAAGGCCUACCAGAGCUAGCAGCUGACAGCGUGCAGACAGUGACGGAUGUGCUUCUCACUGGUGGUACUGGUUUCUUGGGCGCCUUCUUGUUGUCGCGACUACUUGUAACCCACCCGAAUGCCAUGGUGCAUUGCAUUGUGCGGGCGAAGGAUAAUGCGGCUGCCUAUGCGCGAGUGGAGAAGGCGCUGAAACAACACUUUCUGUGGCGAGACGACUACGGCCAUCGCAUUAAUGCCGUGUGCGGAGAUUUGUCAGCGGAAGACAACACGUGUGGCGUAGACGCUGCUGUGUGGGACGAAUGGGCUACUAAGGUGGACCUCAUUGUCCACAAUGGAGCCUUGGUUCACUGGGUCUACCCCUACGCCAAGCUCAAGGCGGCCAAUGUCACGUCGGUGGUGAGUCUGUUGGCCCUCGCGUGCACACACAAGCGCAAGCCCUUCCACUUUGUCUCGUCUACGGCUGUGUUUGAGGCGUCGCACUACUUAGGACUCACGCAGCCCGUGAAGGAACGUGACCCGCUGGUGGCUGGUAACGGCAUUGGCUCUGGUUAUGGUCAAACUAAGUGGGUGGCCGAGAAUAUCAUUGCACUAGCUGCGGAGCGUGGCCUGCCUACGUACGUCUACAGAUCAAGUUACAUCACCGGAGACUCGCGCACAGGUGUUACGAACGUGGAUGAUUACCUGGUGCGCCUGGUGAAAGGUUGCAUUGAGUUGGGCGUGGCGCCUGAAAUGGUCAACAAGCUCAACUGCUGCCCCGUGGACUUUGUAGCCGAUACCAUCGCGCACGUGACCACCGCAACGCCCGAAGUUCGGGACGGCAUCAAUAAUACCUACCAUUUCUUGAACCCCACAUCGUACCGGUUUGUGGACUUCUUUGAGGACGUUGCGAGAUACGGCUUCGAUGUCAAGCCCGACAACUACAUGGAGUGGAAGGGGGCACUCGAAGAACUGACCAUGACGUCCAAGGAGAAUGCGCUGUACCCUCUGCUGCACUUCGUCAUGGACGAUUUGCCACAGAAGUCUAGAGGGCCGUCGCUGGACACAACCAUGCUAUGGAAAGCGCUGGAGGGCUCCAACAUCGAAUGUCCGUCCGUGACAUCGCUAAUGGGCAUCUAUCUCUCCUACCUCGUACACUCCGGUUACCUGGAACCGCCGACGUUGGCGAACCUAGAGGGUAUAGAGGCACUGCCUGCGUUGGAUAUAACCGGUGAAAUCGGCAUCGUAAGACGCUCGGGUAACUAAAUAAAGAUGAUUGAUCAUAUAGACGCGUGUAUACACUCAGGUCAUCUGCAGCCGCCGACGGUGGCGAACCUAGAGGGUAUAUUGGCCCUGCCUGUGUUGGAUAUAAUCGGUGAAAUAGGUAUCACAAGACGCUCGGGCAACUAAAUAAAGAUGGUCUUUCAAUCGACUG